AUGUCCAAUCUGUCGUUCGACUAUUCGAAGUGGGAUAAUAUCGACCUCUCGGAUGAUGAGGCUGAUUUCCACCCAAAUCUUGACACUGGUUUGAAUAUUAAAGUCAAGCGCGCCCAGCGAGAGCGCAAAAUGGAAGAAUAUGAACAAGAGAGAAAACAGCUGCUGGAGGAUGGGUCCCCAGAGGCGAUGAAGAAGUUGGAGAAGUUGGAGAGGUCAAAGCCGCUGUACGGAGAGAAUCUUUGUCAUGUCGUCGAUGAGAAGACGAUAAUCUCCGACAAGAAGAUCGAGAAAGCGCCGCCACCGGUGACGAAGGAUGAGGUGGAUUCGAGCGGGGAAGAUACUCUGGA